CCACUCCCCCCUCCCUCCGGAGCUGGUGGACGGAGGUUGCCCGGGCCGGUCCCGGCAGCGGCCCGGAGCGGGCGGGCAUGGGGGCCUGCCUGUCCUCGCAGGCAGCUGAUGACCUGUCGCUACUCAACGAUUCUACCGGCGAUGGGGCGAGUCUUGGACCUGGAGACCCACCCCCACCGCCCCUCCCUGCCCCGCCGCCUCCCUACCAGGAUCACACUCCAAUUCCAGUGUAUCAUCCAACGCCUAGCCAGGCACGUCUUGCCACACAACUAACAGAAGAAGAGCAAAUCCGGAUAGCUCAAAGGAUUGGACUAAUUCAGCACCUUCCUAAAGGAAUAUUUGAUCCGGGCUCAGAGCCAUCAGAAAAGAAAAUCAAAGAGUGUGUAAUCUGUAUGCUGGAUUUUGUAUAUGGAGACCCCAUCCGAUUCCUGCCUUGUCUACACAUCUACCAUGUAAACUGCAUUGACGACUGGCUGAUGCGAUCAUUCACAUGUCCUUCUUGCAUGGAGCCAGUUGAUGCUGCUCUCCUGUCCUCCUAUGAGACUAACUGAGGUGGCUCUGGGCCCUGCUCUUGUUCAUGCUUCCAGGCUGUGGAUAUAUGGGGGGCCUGGGAUGUGGGACAUUAUUUGCACAAUUCUGGGGUACACCAAAGAAACCGGUCCCAGCCCCUAUGGACACACACAGCCAUGUUGGCUGUACUAAAGGAUGAUUUGUGCCAUAUUUUGAGUGCUGCAUCCGGGGGGGAUGGUGGUGGAAGGAAAGAGAGGGAAUGGCAGAACUGAAAUUUUCCUUCCACUCUACUCACAAUUUAAUUUUGUAGAAAAUCAAGAUUCUUCUUUGACCCAAUUAUCUACCCUCAUACCAUUGUAAGUCCCUGUUAAGUACCGAGUACAGUUGUAGGGAACUCUGCUGGAAUUCUAACUUGUUAAUGAAAGAGACAGUUGUUUAAAGCUGAUGCUGGAGAUAAUCCCAUAAGAUUUUAAAAGUAAAGAGAAAUUCUAAGGCUAUUAUGCCAGCUCUGGUCAGUUUAUGGGAAAAACAAUAUUUAAAGCAUUCCCCAUCUAUCCCACAGAAUUCAUUUAAACAAAGUAGGGAAAAAUAGGCAUUUUACGUUUGGGCUAUUGUUGAAAACUCACCUAGCAGCACAAGUACCGUAAUACAAAAAACAAGCCUUAGAAGCUAGUUGGCUACCUACCUAGGGAAGCUUGAAGCCGUAACAUAUGCUGGGAAAGGAGAUUGAGCCUGUUCUUGUUGCUUUUGGAAGUGCUUCUUUUUAAAGGUUGAUGUUUCAGUUAAGAGAAAAGGAUACUAGUCCCUCGCUCUCUUCUUUUAUCCAUCAAAUAAGAGUUUUGUCUAUUUUGAAGAAGUGUAUGGUCCCUCUUCUCAAAUCCUUGUAGGGCAAGCAGAUUCUCCACCUGCUUAUAUAGAUUCACCAGACUAGGAGAAAGUCAUGUGGAUGUAACAGAUUUUGAAGGGAACUUUCUCUGUUUUCAUUUGGGUGCAGUUCAGUGGAAGGAGCAGGGAUGGGGUAAGCACAUCUUAUCUGUCACAGUGUGAAAUUUCUGCCUUUCCGCUAUAUGGAAACAGUAUUGACACUUAGAUGUGUUUAGCUUGCUUAAAGUGAGAGAUAUUUUUAUGGAAAGUUUAUGAUUCAGAAUGGUAAGAUCCUCCUAGAUACUGGUUUUGGGGUAAAGCAUCCAUGUAUUCUGAAGAGUGAAGAAAUGUUUAUUUGUAGGCAAUCUACUAUUUGUCUUACAUAAAUUCAAGAAGACUGUUGUCCCAUACAAAACUGUUAGGGCAGGCUGUUCUUAUGAUGCAGCAAGCCCAGCAUUUGGAAAGGCUUUCCUAAGUCAUAUUGUUUAUUGCCUUGCAAGUAGAGAAGUGUGAAAGUGCUUUUCUGAUUAUGUAUUGUCCAUAACAAAGAUCUAGCACUUGAAAGAUUUAAAAAAAACCUGAUGUACAUUGCAUUGAAAUGGAAAAUAAAUAGAUUGUCAGCAGUGCCUUCUAAAAUGCAUACAUUGGCCAAGGUGACUGAAGAAAUCUUUUCUGUUAGUGGAAGUGAGUAGAACCUGAAGAUGAGGUACUCUGAAUUAUCAAGGAUUCUGUUUUGCUCUAACUUUUACCUUACAUAGAAUUAGAAACUAGCUGCCAUUGUUACAAUCAAACAUGAUUCUAUACAAUAGUAGGAUCCUAUAUUGGUAUUGUGUGGCCCUUCUGAAGUUUCUGAAUGGAACUCCCAGCAGACCUAUUGUAAGGAAUCUUGGAAACUGCAAGUUGGCAACAAGAAAAUCACACUGGGUUUGGGAAUGAAGUCAUAUCUACUUUCUAAGCCACACUACAAAUAAUCUUUUAUUUGUAAUUCCAAAAUUGGCAGGGGAAGAAACAGCCCAAUGCCCAGACCAGUGAUUUGGCCUUGAGAAGACAGUAUAGAAAGUUGAAGGAACAAAUAGGGCAGUCUAGAAAUCAGUUUAAGGCAAAAAUAGUUAGCUUGGAGGUUCUUUUGGAGUAGUAAGGGGAUAUGUGUCAACAUUAUCUUUUGAUCCUUCCCUUUUCUUCUAUAUUUUCUCAUUCGCACAGCCAUGGCCCCCCAUGAAGCACAUAGUGAAAGACCACAAUAGCUACUUGCUUGUCUUGAAGCAAUGUAGGCUUUCUUCUCCUCUUUUCAAAUCAAACUGCUGUUGCUGAUGAGACUUAUGUGGUUUAUGCUUUCAAAGAAAUAACAGUACUUUGAAAGGGCAAAUCCCAUUAGAUGUUAGCACUUAGUAGACGCCUCUUCAUCUGCUUAGAGAGAGAAGAGGUAAGGUUUCCCUUGCCCAUGAUACCAUUUCUAUGACUGAAGUGAAUAGAAUCCAUAUUUUCAAGUGCAUUUCUUUGUCUGAAAACACUUGCCCUGUUAUCUCAUCCCUUGGUAUCACCUAUAUCUUCAUUCUUGAGUUCACCACCAAAAAAAAAAAAAAAAAGUGGCAGAAGAUGGAGCACACUAUUUAAGUUAUUAGUAUACUCUAGCCAGCAUGUUCUGUUGCAUCUUAAUGUCUCAUGGCUGUUUAGAGGUAUGGGAAAUACUAGGAUUGCUUCAUGCAGUCCACCCAAAUCUGUAUUUAGGAAAUUGUAAUGUUGAAGAAAUUAGAAAAUAACAAAUAGUGUAGCAUAUCUUUCAGGCCUAGCAGAGUUUGCUAUACAAUGUUGUACCAAACAUUUCACUUGAUCUGUGGCAAUUCUCUGAUCCAGAAUAGAACUGUAUUUUGGUAAGCCACCUAGAAUCAUUGGAGUGAGCAAUAUAUAAAUUACUUAAAAAGUGGCAUAGCCAUUCAAAACAUGGGACCACUAUCUCCAGUGGUGCACAUAAGGAUAUUUUAGGCCCUUCUCCUUACUGGUUUGGAAAAUCAAGAGGAGGAGGAAAAAUAGAGUAACAGGAAGAUGGGAGUCUGCUAUAAGGGACUGUCACUUAAAGAGAAAUGGUAUCAAUGAAGGCUUGUUUUAAACUCCAAAGAAUCACUUGGCAAGAUAAUUGUUCUACUUAACUCACAUAAAGAUAAAAUCCACUUAGAACAGUGUCAGCACCUUCAAUUCCAUGUGGCUAAUACGAUUAAACCUAGCAGCAUAACCUAAAAUUUUAACAUUGGUAUGAAAACACUUUGGGCAAAUGGAAAUGAAGUUAUUUCUAAAUAGCAGCAACCAUCAUUUAGUAAAUGAUCAUAAUAUUUCAAAUUCAAAGUAUAUGCAAUAGUCAAAGAACUUCUGGAAAAUAUGAGCAGUUUACAAGCAACAGCUUAUGUACUGUGAAAGGAACUUUGUUUUCAUGCUCCACUUACUGUGGGUCUUUACCUGUUCUUUUAACUGCUAUCUUUUUCAAAAGCAUGGUAAAUAUAACUCAGAAAAGGGUAAAUGUAUCUUGUUUUUUCAUUGUAACUGAAAGCAAAAUACAACAGUUCACUGGAUUAUAGACAGAAGUGCCAUUCUUUCCAUUACAUAAUUCUAGCUAAGUUCAUGCACUGUGGUAAACUGUAAUAUGGAUUACCUCAUUUGGGCUUAGCACAGUGCAUGAACCCAGUAGUGUUUAUGCAUGUGUAAACCAUGUUUUAUAUUCAAGUGGUUAAUCUAACCCCCACCUCCAAAUUAUCCCCAAGGAAUGUGGCCAUCAGUAUAAUCGCCCACCUCUGAUUUAUGGUUUAUUGUAUGAAUCAGGUACUAUGGCUUAUUCAAUACACCAUGAUUUAGUGCAGUAAACCCAGCCCACAUGUGAUCACAUGGAUAUUUUUUACACAACUGCAACCAUCUUCUAUAAAGACAACUGCUGAUUUCAAAAACUAAAAUUAUAAAAAUGACUACAAGUUUGUCAUCAAUUCACAUUCAUUUUCAGUCAACCUGUAAUCUGCUUCAACUAUAUUACUUUCAAUUAGAAUGCUAAUUGCUUAAUUACCUGAAGCUGAAGUUGGUCUUCAAACUGUUUCACUUUGCUGAGGGAAAACGAAGUUAUAGUAUAAGCUGUUCCUCCCUGUCUAUUUGUCCAUUUAAAGCUUAUAAUCCAAGAUGGACAGUUUAGAACUAAACUUCUUUAUGGAAAUUCUUGGCACACAAUUGCAAUAAGAAAAUUAAUCCAUUCUUCCUAUCUUUACAAUGCAUAUUUAUGGAACAGUAAUUCUAAUCACUUUAAGUGCAGAACAACUCUUCUCUUGAAUUCUUUAUCUUUCAACCUUCUGUCUGAUAGCUAUUAAUUGUUAUCACUUGUAUUUAAAGUUCAAUCAUUCUUCUUACCCCAUAAGCAAAGGAGAAUCUGUUUGGAUGCUAUGCUUAUAUCUGCAGUAAACAGUUUUAAUGA